CACAUCACAAUCUGUUCCUCGACAUGGCGCUCCAUCGCACGAAACGUAGACCCUGCCAGCGCACCUUACGGCGCGCAAUGCAACCCAAGCAGCUGGGGCAAACCAAUCAGCUCCUCCGCUUAGCAAGACGGAUUUUCAUCGAAAGAAAGUUCACAUUUCCCCAUCCGCUCUACCGUAGGAAGCUAUGAAGGAGCCAGUCGGUUCGUUUCUUCUUUAGGAGGCCUAGAUCGGUGCUAAUUAUGUAAGCUCCUGGCCGCAUCGAAUGUCUCCGGCACGAUGGUGUUCACGUUAGCGCUUGACUCGCGGCUGGCCUGGAGUGGUCACCGCUGCGACGGUCGCUGUCAAGAAGCGACUCGUUCAGGCAGCUUUUUAAGAACGCGACCUAAGUGUGUGCGAUUCCGGAAGCUUGCGGUGAUAUGUUCCGCUGAUUCAGUCGAAACACGGAGCAGCAAGGGCAGAAGAGCCGCCAGCGUGCCGCACGGACGCGGCGUCCUUUCUGAGGGACCACAUGCGGGAUGAGCGGACCACACGCGAGCACCGACAGCCGGUGACGGCCGACCGCCUGCCAGAUAUGAUUGCGCCGUAUCGUAUCUGCGGAUGCGCGCAUCCGGCUGGCCUGGGGCUGAACGUGCCUGUCUCGCCGUGGGAAGCAGAUCUGCUGCUGCACGCUUCACCCGGCGCUGGCUCCAGUGUGACACAAACGAGGGAGCUUGAGAGAGCCUGUGACAAAGACCUCCUGAGCCCAGAUGUAAGCGAAGCUAAGAGUAAAUCGGAGGGGGAGGGACCUGGCUUGUCUGACUCCUACCUGCUUGCCGCUUCCCCUGCAUGGGAUGAAGGGGAGUGUGAGCGCUUCCUGUCUCAAGAGCUGGGUGGGGAGACAGAGCUCUCAGGAAAACACGGGAACCUGCAGACGGCACAUGCCCAGAGGGAGCCAGCUCAGGGUGGUCUGGAGGAGGGCGAAACUGCAUCCAUGGAGGAAGCUUCCUCGAAGGCGAUGGAUGACUACAGGCGGCGUGCAGUGGUGAUGUGGGCGGUGGGUGAGGCGAUGGCGCAUGAGGUGAUGGGAGGAAGCAGAGGUGAAGGGACGCACAGGCAGACUGAUACAAAUGGCACGGAUGAUGGAGAAGCAAGAAUGGAAGAGCACGGAGAGCAUGCGCGGCAACAUACCAGGUGGCAGUCCCAUAGGCACACUAGGCCUCUGGAACAGAGACAUGCUGUUGGAUUCGACAAACGCGUGGGAUGAAUGGUAGUCUUGUGACUGAGGCGUAACGGUACAUAGUGUGCUUUUCGAUGUAAAUACACGUCUUGAUUGCAA